CUUCCUUUUUCUAGUGACCAAAAAUCCCCAAAAGGCCAAAACCCAAAGCUUCUAAUUUUCUAAAUUUUCUUCCAUUUAUGCUUUAGUAUAAGGUUUAUUUCGAGCAAAAAAGUUGUAAAUUCCAACUGGGUUUUUGAUAAAUUUUGAAGCUUUCAGGGAGUGUUUGAGGGUUUUUGUUAAUUUUGAAAUAUCAUAUUUGUUUGUUUUGAGAAAUGGGAAGCAGGAAAGAAGAAGAACGAAACGAGAAGAUAAUAAGAGGUCUCAUGAAACUGCCUCCUAAUCGUCGUUGCAUUAACUGUAACAGCUUGGGUCCUCAGUAUGUUUGCACAAAUUUCUGGACUUUCAUUUGCAUGACUUGCAGUGGGAUUCAUCGUGAGUUUACGCAUCGUGUAAAGUCUGUAUCAAUGUCAAAGUUCACUUCACAGGAAGUUGAAGCUCUUCAGAAUGGUGGUAAUCAGCGUGCAAGAGAUAUUUAUCUUAAGGAUUGGGACCUGCAGAGGCAAAGAUUGCCAGACAGCAGCAAUGCUGAUAAAAUCCGGGACUUCAUAAAGAAUGUAUAUGUGGACAGAAAAUACGCUGGAGGAAAAACGCAUGACAAGCCUCCAAGAGACAUGCAGAGUCAUAGAAAUCAUGAAGAUGAAAUGAGACGUGCCAGCUCUUAUCAUUCUUAUUCUCAAAGUCCACCAUAUGACUAUCAAUAUGAAGACCGGCGUUAUGGUAAACAAGUUGCUGCUGCACUUUCUAGGAAGCCUGGUUCAGACCGAGGGCACUAUAUGGGGAAAGUUUCUAGUUUUGUUUACAGUCCUGGUCACUUAAGUGACCAAAUGUUUGACGAUAGGUUUGCAAAUGAGGGCUCUGCUCCUAGGGUUUCAGACUUCUCUGUAUCUAGUGGAGGUGAUCCCUUCGCAUCUGGUAGAGGGUCACCAAAUUUCCGGAAGAAUGUUGGAUUUGCAAGCCCAACUUUUCAAUCUCAAAUAGAUGUUUCAAGUGAAGAUACACAUCAUCAGAUGAUUAAUCCGUCUCUGGACCCAAGUUCCCACAAAGAUGCUGGAGGGGUUCCACCACCCCAGUCAUCUGUUCCCGUGAAUUAUGGUGGCCUGGAUCUCUUUAAUACACCUGAGGCUUCUGCUUCUCUACCAAUAGAUUUGUUUCAGUUACCUGCAAUAUCAUCAGUUUCUUCCAAAGAUUUAUUACAACCUGCUGCAGUCUCAUCAACGCCACCUGGGAAUUUAGACCAACCUCCUCCAUCUAUAGACUUAUUUGCUGGGAUUGUUGAGCAGCAACCAGCUACAAGUUUCGAUGGAAAAUCGUCCGAGUUACCUGUACCUAAAAAUGAAGGAUGGGCAACAUUUGAUAGUCCUCAGCCUGCAGCAUCUGAUCCAGUAACCAAAAAUCUUUUACCUGCUUUGAUGCCCAGUGAUGAAGAUUUGUCAGUGAAGUUUGACCAACCAUCAUCCCUAAACACAACCGUGCAGUGGUUAUGUGUUGAAAAUUAUAGUGCUUUUAGGGAUAGGUCAACAAUGUCUAGUCAAUGGCAAGAGGGGCAUGAUGGUCAAACAUCCACUGUUGCAACUGGCACUCAGUCAUGGAAUGCUUUUAAUGAUUUUGCUGAAUUACUUCCUGUUGGACCUCAAGUAGUAACAUACAAUCAUUUGGCAAGCACUGAUGAACAUUUGGGCUUAGCAGUUUCAGAGAACCACGAUAAUGAUGGCAUCCAAAAAGCUGACUCCCAAUCUGGUUUUGCUGCUGCUACUGUUCCAUCAGAGAACGGAAUAGCACCAUCAUAUGCUCCAUCGAUGAAUCCACUUUUGGGAGAGAAAGAGUCACAUGCUGCCAAUCAUAAAUCAACCAACCCAUUUGAUGUUCCUUAUGAUUCUGAGUUGGAACAAAACGAUAUGUUCUUUGAUAUAAGUUCGAUAAAAGCCACACUUCCUAAUGCUCACUUGCCUUCUCCCUUUCUCGGUGGUGUACCUCAACCGUGGCUUCCUCAGAAUCCAGCAACACCAAGUUCACAAUUACCGAAUGUCCCGGCCCAAGAGCCUGUUGCUUCCAUCGGAGGAAACCCAUUCGCGUAGACACUACCGCCAGCAGUAGCUUUUUAGUCUUUUUUCAGUCUAGUAGAGGGCCUGUUGCUUCCAUCGGAGGAAACCCGUUCGCGUAGACACUACCGCCAGCAGUAGCUUUUUAGUCUUUUUUCAGUCUAGUAGUUGCCUGGUACACCAUGACGUGGUCAAUGUCUCGGUACGUACAAUAUAACUAAUUCUACUGUGUAGUCAUUCUAAUUUUUUUUUCAUUGCACAAAAUAAUACCAUUCUCGAGGCCGGAAAUUCCUUUUAGUGUCGCGUCGGGAUUCAGUCCUUGGAAGCAAUGAUGCACCGGGACAGAAUUGUAUGAGAGAGGCUUUGGUUUUUAUGGUUCUUAGGGUGGCAAAGACAUGAAUGGUAUUGUAAUUUGUUUGCAGCUUUCUCUUUGGAUUGUUUUUCUUGCAAAUUUAGAAGUGUCUUCAGUAAAUCUUGAACUAGUUUUUGCUUCAA